AUGAAGUUUCACUGUUUGAUGGCUUCAGGCCUUGUUCUAAAUUUCCUCGCGAACGCACUGCCACUCUCACAAAUAGAUUCAACUCACUUGCCUUAUGAGCCGAGACGCCUAUCAUAUUCGGUUGUGCAAGUUGAUGGAGGACCUAGCGCUGUCGAAACUGAUGAUACCCCAAAUGUCGUUACUGUUCCCGUGCCAGCGCCCCCUACGACCAGAACCGUCCUUUCGACUGUGACUUUGCAUCCGACACCUUCAAUCAGCCCCCCAGAAACUCCCAGUAGCUCCGAGGCGCCCACCGCAGCAAAACCAACUCCAACGAUGCACACAACUGUAACGACCGGAAUGACAACGCAUAGCGAACCGAACUCCCCAUUUCCCACGCCGAUUUUGUCCUCCUCGUGCACUCUCUCGGAGGUCUACUCUACUCCAACAGCUUUACCACCUGUCUCAACCGAUCUGUUACCUUUGCCCUCGGAGGUCCACUCUACUCCAACAGCUUUACCACCUGUCUCAACCGAUCUGUUACCUUUGCCCUCGGAGGCCUACUCUACUACCACAGCUUUGCCACCUAUUUCAACCGAUCUAUUACCUUUGCCUUCGGCAGCUUCCAUGGGCAUAUCCAUAGAGCAUACGCCCUCGCACACAAAUAGCUCUCGCCUGGUUUUCCACCCACCCAAGCUAACACCUCUUCCUUUAAUAUGA